AUGCCUCACAGAACGACUUACUUCUUCCCGCGGCAAUUCCCGGAUCGCCGGUUCGAUUCGUUGUCAUCUUCUUCCUCCUCCUCUUCGAAACCGCUGGUGUCGGAAGACGGCAGCAAUCAUAAUCAUCAACAUCACGAGAAACAACAGACCAGCAGAAAUAAUAAGAAUGAAAACGACGUCGUCAAAAGUCUCAUUGAUCGCCACCACCAAAAGUCCAACUCUAACCACCACAACAGCAACAGCAGCGCCAAAUUCACAGCUGUGUCCGAUCAGUAUUUCACGGGCGGACAAAAGACCACCACCACAACUAACCCAACAAAUACAAAAAGCGGCGGCGGCAGCACGCAAUCGGCCAAGAAGCAACAGCUGGCGGCCAUUUCCGACUGGUUCGUCGCCGAGAAGAAGCACAGUUACAAGCAGAGAUCCAAAUCCGGUCACGUGAGGAGCAAGAGGUCGUCGUUCUCCUGCCACGUGACCGAUGAGGAUCAUGAGCCCCUGCUCCCGCCCGAGGCCGUCGUCGAUGUGUCCUCCGCGGUCCCGGACACGACGUCGUUCAAGGUCGACCGGAGCGUUGACCGGGACUUUGACCGGCAGGUGUCGCUGCCGAGGCUGUCGAGCGGGAGCAGCUACGCCGGGAGCUUGUUCUCAGGGACGACGACGCUGGACGGGAACUUCUCCGGCGACGUCAAGGACUCGUCGGCGACGACGGGGCCGGCAGAGGAGGAGGUUGAGGAAGAGGUGAGAGUGGAGGAUAGCUUGGCGCAGAGGGCUAAAGAGAGUUACUAUUUGCAGCUUCUAUUGGCAAAGAGGCUUAGUUAUCAAGCUAGUCUUGGUAGUGAGACGUUGCUUUUGCACGACACUGGGCUUGAGGUUACUGAUGUCGAGACGGUGUCGUAUCGCCUCUGGGUCAGUGGCUGCUUGUCAUACAAUGAGAAAAUAUCGGAUGGUUUCUACAAUAUUUUGGGGAUGAAUCCGUAUCUAUGGGUGCUGUGCAAUGAUGUGGAGGAAGGUAAACGUCUACCAUCAUUGACGUCACUUAGAGCAAUGAAACCUGUGGAGACAUCAAUGGAAGUGGUUCUUGUUGACAUACACGGGGACUCUCGCCUCAAGGAACUUCAAGAUAAGGCACAUGAACUGUAUCGUGCUUCAGAGAAUACCUUAGUGUUGGUGGAGAAACUUGGGAAGCUUGUCGCCAUCUACAUGGGGGGUACUUAUCCUGUGGAGCAAGGAGAUCUACACAUGCGCUGGAAAGUGGUUAGCAAGAGAUUGAGAGAAUUCCAAAAGUGUAUUGUGCUCCCCAUUGGCAACCUAUCAAUGGGUCUUUGCAGGCAUCGUGCUAUUCUCUUCAAGAAAUUGGCAGACUACAUAGGUUUACCUUGCCGGAUAGCUCGUGGUUGCAAGUAUUGUGUGUCAGAUCAUCGGUCUUCUUGUCUUGUUAAAAUUGAAGACAGGCAGCUCGUGAGGGAGUAUGUGGUUGAUCUAGUUGGGGAACCUGGAAAUGUCCGUGGCCCAGAUUCCUCGAUCAAUGGAUCACUGUCUUCAAUACCUUCACCAUUUCAAAUUUCUCAUACCAAAGAGUUCCAACGAAUUUAUAGCGAUAGUGGAUUAUGUUCCCAAAUUAUUAACUCAAAGCACACUCGUCCACCUCCUGAAGAUCCUCUCUAUCCAGGCUACGGGGAGGGAAGUCAGGUUCUGAAACCAAGCAGUUUUGUUACAGUUGAUCAAACAAUAUAUGGGCUGGAAGCUCCUCUAAUGCCUUUGGAGUUGAAAGCGAAUGCUGAUCAUUGCCUUCUCCAGACACCAAUGCCACCUUGUGUACGGGGUGAUACUUCUGAAGCUCUUGUUGUGGGAGCUGGUAUGGCAUCAUUAGAGGAAUCUGCUAGACUUGGUGAAGAGAAUGUUGUUAUACAGCAAGCUUACCGGAAGGAGAUUGUUGUGUCCAGAAGUCAAGUUAAAAGUAGCGGUGACAAGUCCAGUCAAUCAGAUCUAGAGGAGGUUGAUAGUAAGCUUGAGAUUCAAAGUCAAUUUUCUGCUGUCACUGUUCCUCAGUACUUGAAUCUCGAACCAUCUCUUGCUAUGGACUGGCUUGAGAUAGCAUGGGAUGAGUUGCAUAUCAAAGAGCGCGUUGGUGCUGGCUCCUUUGGGACUGUGCAUCGUGCUGAAUGGCAUGGAUCGGAUGUAGCUGUCAAGGUUUUAACUAUUCAAGAUUUCCGUGAUGAUCAGAUGAGAGAAUUUUUACGCGAGGUUGCAAUUAUGAAACGUGUCCGCCAUCCCAAUGUAGUUCUGUUCAUGGGUGCAGUUACAAAGCGUCCGCAUCUCUCAAUCGUCACAGAGUAUUUACCAAGGGGUAGUCUUUAUCGACUCAUACAUCGGCCAGCUUCUGGGGAACUUCUGGAUCAUAGGCGGCGUCUGCGCAUGGCAUUAGAUGUGGCCAAGGGGAUCAAUUACCUCCAUUGUCUUAGCCCUCCUAUUGUCCAUUGGGAUCUUAAAUCUCCAAAUUUGUUGGUUGAUAAAAAUUGGACAGCUAAGGUAUGCGAUUUUGGUUUGUCCAGAUUCAAAGCGAACACUUUCAUAUCAUCGAAGUCUGUUGCUGGAACACCCGAGUGGAUGGCUCCAGAGUUCCUUCGCGGAGAGCCCUCAAAUGAGAAGUCUGAUGUUUACAGUUUCGGAGUGAUCCUUUGGGAACUUGCGACCAUGCAACAACCUUGGAGUGGGCUUAGUCCUGCACAGGUAGUUGGUGCUGUUGCUUUCCAGAAUAGAAGGCUUACUAUCCCAGCCAAUACUCCCCCAAUGUUGGCUUCUCUUAUGGAAGCCUGCUGGGCCGACGACCCUGCUCAGCGCCCGACAUUUAAAAGCAUAGUGGAGUCACUGAAGAAGUUGCUGAAAUCUCCUCUGCAAUGGGCACCGGUGAGUGGAACAUAGAGAAGACAGCUGCUUCUGCAUAGAGCUGGAUUGGAGAGUCGGCCAAUCGUUAAUUUCAUACACUGGUAGUCAUCAACUCCAAGUAAUCGCUAAUCAUUAAACUCUGGUAGUCAUCGACUCCAACAAACUGACUGAGCUUGUUUGGUUCUUGGCAAUUAUAGAUAUGUCUAACCCAUAUUAGAAAGCAGUUGGAACGCAAUUACUCACCAAUUAGUGUAUAAUAUUCCUUGCGUAUUAUUACCAGAGUUCCUGGUUUGGGAAAUGGGCAGCGUCUCCUUUUUGAAAUCUGUAACAAAAAUUGAGAAAUUAAGACUUUGUUUGUAUUAUUUGCUUGUAAUCUGGGCUUAAUUUAUCACAUAAGAUGUACUGAAAAC